AUGAAGUCUAUCGCCGCCCUCGCCCUCUCCCUCCUCGCCACCUCCAUCUCGGCCUCUCCUGUCAUCCCCACCGCGACCAUUGCCUUCGCCAAUGACCAGAGCGGUGCCCAGGGCAGCGCCACCAUCCCCGAGGAUGGCAGCGUGCAGAACAUCUGGAGCCUCUACGGCAGUACCAAAAUCGCAGCAGGCGGCGCGGUUGUGGCCUCGUCGGCCCAGCUGACUUCCUUCCAGGCGAACACCAACUGCGUGAUCAAGAACGCCAACUGGGUGGUCGUGGGCACCCUGACGGCUGAGCACACGUACCUGGAUCUGGACGGGACCUCGAACUCGCUUGUGCCGUUGAACCUGGGCGGCUGGACCGUGAGCUGCACCGUUUAG